AUGUUAGCCGCGAGAGAUCAAGAGAAUCUCGUUCACGCACGCCAAACCGCCGCCGCCGGAAAGCCUCUCAAUCAAGGCGUGCGAGCACUGCAAUCGAAAACUCCAGGAGGUCUGAAGACUCCUUUUCGAGCCGCGCCGCAUGACGAGAACCGCCCCUUGGACCUAAAGGGCCAGAAGACAGCUGCUCAAGAUGUUCCUGGCAAAUUAGACAAGAAUUCAUUUGUUACCCCCUUUGCACCUCGCAACAGAGCACCUCUCGGCGCGAAGACAACCAACGUGAAAGCUCAGGCAUUCCAGACGCCUGCACCGUCAUUGACCACGAAGCAAGGCCCUACUGCCCAGAAGGCAACCACAGUGCGUCGCUCCGGGCGUUCUAAGAUUACAAUUGCCCCUUCGGAGCCCAUUGAAGCGGGUAUCUUGACGGGUCGAGUUGCAAAGGAAGGAGAGCCAGACUUCGGAUACGCCCCACCUCCGCCUAUUGAGCUUCCAGAUCCCCCAUUGGACUUCAGCGAGGAUCCUCUUCUGACGGAGGAGCUUUUGCGAGGUUACGGCGAGCUAUACUGCCAUUCGCCGAAGGACCGGAAUGGGGUCUCAUUACGACUGAAGAGGGAAGAAGAUGAAUACAACCAACACCAAAAGAAACAGGAGCAAGAAAUUCUAGACAGCUGGAACAAGUCCAGCCUCCUAAUUGGUGAGGACGUUGAUAGACAAGUUGAUGCUAUGAUCGCGGCGGGGCCGAAAAAGAAUAGACCGCAGGUGUCCAGAGUAGACACCAUGAAAGCCAGGUCUGCCGUUGCAGCACUGUCCGAGUUGCAGCAUCGAGCACCAAGAGCCGCUAUGAAGCCAACCCAAGCGUCCGAGCAGAAGAAGAAAGGCAUCACUCCUCUCACAAAAGCAAAGCACCCUUCAGUGCCACAGCCCUCACUGUCAACACAGUCCCGCGGAGCUGCUCUAUCCAAAAACACCAUUGGGUUUCCCAAAGCAAAGAAGGCGCCCUCCAUAAUCCCUACAGGGGCUCAAGAUGGAUCGACCAAAAGUGGUUCUACUUCAAGACCGAAAAAGAUUAGCCAUGCUUCCAUUCAUCCCAAGGAUUUUCGCGAUUUGUACGGCUCGCCUCCGGUUGAAAGUGAAAUGUGGUUCCGACUCAAGGAGUACGAGUUGCUGGAGCAGGACAUCUCAAAGGACAACGCCGACGAACCCGAGGACGAGUUGUUCAACACCGAGUUCUUCCCCUUUGAGAACAGUAAACUGGACGAUGACGACUUUCAACUACCUAUGCCAGAAUGA